UGGCCGGCGUGUGCACUGCCCGGGCUGCUCCUGGACCGGCGCUCGGUCGGAGGGGAGGCGGUGGCACGUCCCGGCGAGGCCCUCGACCCCCGCUUUCCGCUGGACGGCCCGGUGGUGCCCCUUGAGGCACGCGCCGACGCUGUGCUUUCACCCGGAAGCUAAAGUGGGUGCGUGCCGCGGGCUGCCGACGAAGACAGGAUCCUCCCCAAGCACAAAACCCAGUUGUACUAAGGUUUUUGUAUGGCUAUGGAAUCCAGAGCAAUUUCAACGUUAAAACCUCAGGAUCAAGAAGAAGAAUUAAUACUAGUAAAAAUAGAAGAUAGUUUUUCUUGGAGUGAGAAAUGUAAACAGAAUGGGAGUACCCAAUCUUGCCAAGAAUUGUUUCGCCAGCAAUUCAGGAAGUUUUGCUACCAUGAAACACCUGGGCCCAGAGAGGCUCUGGGUCGACUCCAGGAACUUUGCUAUCAGUGGCUAAUGCCAGAGUUGCACACAAAGGAGCAGAUCCUAGAAUUGCUAGUACUGGAGCAGUUCCUGAGCAUCUUACCUGAGGAGCUGAAGAUAUGGGUUCAACAACAUGGUCCAAGAAGUGGUGAGGAAGCUGUGAAUCUGCUGGAGGAUUUGGAGAAAGAGUUUGAUGAUCCAGUGCAGCAGGUCCCAGAUAGUCCACAAGGACCAUCAGUGUCAUGGAAAGAUUUGACAUAUCUCAGAGCAUCCCAAGACUCAACAAGCAUCCAAGUCCGGCCUUUGAAGACACAGCUGAAAUCCUGGAAACCCUGCUUUUCCUCUAAAAGUGAUUCAAAGAAUAAUGAAACAACAGCAAACGACAUUUCAGGAGAAAAGUCACCAGAACUGUCUUGGGAUCCUUCACUUAGAGGUGUUAGUGAGCACAAAAGCAAUUUAGAGUGGCAGCAAAGAAGUCCCCCUCCUCUCCAUAGGGGUAGUUUUAGUCAAGUGAUCUUCACACACAAAUCCUUAGCAAAAAGAGACCAUCACGAUGAAUCUCAAAGAUGCUUAAUUCUAAGUACAAACUCUGUAACAUGUCAGAAAGUUUCUCCAGAAGAUAAACCUUACAGAUGUGAUGUAUGUGGGCAUAGCUUUAAACAGCAUUUCUCUCUAACACAACAUCAGAGAAUCCAUACUGGAGAAAAGCCCUAUAAAUGUAAUCAGUGUGGGAAGGCCUUUAGUUUGAGGUCAUACCUCAUUAUUCAUCAGAAAAUCCAUAGUGGUGAAAAAGCAUAUGAAUGUAAUGAAUGUGGAAAAGCCUUCAACCAGAGCUCAGCCCUCACUAGACAUCGGAAAAUUCAUACAGGUGAGAAAGCUUGUAAAUGUAAUGAGUGUGGCAAAGCAUUCAGUCAAAGUUCUUAUCUAAUUAUACAUCAGAGAAUUCACACUGGUGAGAAGCCCUAUGAGUGUAAUGAAUGUGGGAAAACCUUUAGCCAGAGCUCAAAGCUUAUUAGACAUCAGCGAAUUCAUACAGGAGAGAGGCCCUAUGAAUGCAAUGAAUGUGGGAAAGCCUUCAAGCAGAGCUCAGAGCUGAUUACCCAUCAGAGGAUACACAGUGGAGAGAAACCCUAUGAAUGUAGUGAGUGUGGGAAAGCCUUCAGUCUGAAUUCAAACCUCAUAAGACAUCAGAGAAUUCACAGUGGAGAGGAACCGUAUCAAUGUAAUGACUGUGGCAAAACCUUCAAAAGGAGCUCAGCCCUUGUUCAGCACCAGAGAAUCCAUUCUGGGGAUGAAGCUUAUAUAUGUAAUGAAUGUGGGAAGGCUUUUAGGCACAGAUCAGUGUUGAUGCGCCAUCAGAGAGUCCAUGCUGUUAAGUAACUUAAUACAAUGACUGGUAAAUAGUAUAUUUUCCUCUGUAUUAGCCAGAAGGUUGACUUUGGAGCAAGAUUCCAUAAAGGUAGUUUUAAAAAACAAAUGGUCUUUAGUCAAUCUAACUUGCUUUGUGUAGCACUUCCCAAUGCAGUGCAAAUUUUCUUUGAAACUUGCUGUGAUUUACCACAAGAUAUAAGGCCAUUACUUUGAGCUAUGCUCUUAACAUUAGGAAUACUCAGGAAAAUAAAAACAAAAAGUAAUGUAAUAGUGAGAUCUUAUUUUCUGUGAGAAUGUCAUGGAAAAGGCUUCAUUCUGUCUGUCACUACAUCUGAUGGUUUGUACCAGGUUUGUGAGAUAAUAGGGAUGGCAUGAGAAACUGCUUAAGAAACUAAAGUUUUUACUCAGUGGUAGCUAGUCAACAAGUAAAAUGAGGAAACAGUUUCAUCAGUGAUUUGUUGAUCCCAAGGUAGGCCCAAAAUGAAAUGAGCUUGAGAAGAAAAAGAUACAAAUUAGUUUAUACACGCUGGGGCCCUGUCCAUUCCCCACUUCUGUGCUGGGUAUUGAACGUAGGGUGGCACAAGCUAGGAAAGUGGUCAGUCCUGUUUUUUUUAAUACCUGCUUUGUACCAGGGACUAGAAAUAUAAUGACAAAAGAUCAUUUCUACAGUCUAAUAGCAAUUACCAGUCAGGUAAUGACACUUUAGUAUGGUCAGUGUAUUACAACCUUUGGGAGUGGGGUUUGGGUUUGAGACAGGGUUUCUCUGUAUAGCCUUGGCUGUCCUGGUAUUCAUUCUGGCCUCGAACUCACAGAAAUGUGCCUGCCUCUGCAUCCCCAGUGCUCGGAUUAAAGGCGUGUGCCACCACUGCCUGGCACUUUCCCCAUUUCCCUCUUGUCCAAGAACUUUGGAUAAAGGAAACUAAAAUGAUAUGAAGAAUGAGGAGUUAAUCAGGAAGGAAGGCCAGGUUAUAAUAAAGGAAGAAAUUUUUUUUUUGUUUAACACCAGGAAAAAAACAUGGAACAUUGCCUAUUGAGUUCAGAAUUGGCAUCACAUCUGUGAGAAGUAUGACUACAGCCAGACUCUCAAGAAGUGCAUAUGAGCCUAUGAAGCAGUUUCUAAUAGAUAAAAGCCUAGAAUCCUUGGUCACAGCACCAUGAAAAACUUUGUCUUGGUAAUGUGGCCUAAUGGAAUGGGCUAGAAAGUGGUUUCCUGGUACAACCUGAGACAGUGUUUAAACGUCUACCGGGAGAGUGGUAGGAGUGCAGUAUGUAAGAGACAGCCUAGAUGCAGGCUCUGGGUUCUUUAGACAGUAUUGGAGUUGCUAUGUUAGAAGACACCAUAGCAACUCUUCCUAAGGCUGCUCCAUGAGGAUUUCUCUACCUGAGCACAAUUGCCUUGCUCAGGUGCUCAAAACAUUGUCAGUUUCAGGUCUUUGGCUCUUUCUCCAAAUGCCUUGCACAUACUUUGUCUUAUGUCAGCAAUAUUUAUCAGUAUCUUGAAAAUUUUAAGGACGAUGCUAGAGAAGUAACAACAGAAAGGGGUAAUUUUGCCAGGUCUUUCCCUCUUCUGAGGAACCCAUCAGGAAGAGUAUCGUAAGGCUGGUGCAGUGCAAGAUGGAAAGCUGAUGAACUCAAGAAGCCUGUUAUCCCUGCACUCUGAACAGUGAGACAAAAGGAUGAGGCAUUCCUGGUCAGUUUGAGCUACAUGAUGGGACCUCAUCUCAAAAAUACUGUGGGAAAAAAAGUCAAUUCAAAGACCUAGUGGUUUGGAGAAAUAACAUACCUUACCAAAAUCAAAUCUAUGUAGAAGCAUAGAAAAAUAAUUCUUAUGAGGAUACAAAAGUAAUGCUGUCUUGGACAUUUAUAGGUGAGUAUGUACUAACUAAUAAAAAUAAUGAACUAAAUGUCUAAUGUAGACGUUAAGUAGAUGUUAGAAAAGGGAGAAAUACCGUAGAGCUCUUACAUAGAUCAGAAGGAAAUGUAAUGGUUAUUUGCCAAGGGCUUUAUGUAUGUGUUAAUCAUUAAUACAAAUCAUAUUUUACACAUAGGAAAUGGAGGCUAUCAUAGCUAAAAGGUCAGAAUUUUAACUCAGAACUCUAUUCUGGAAGCACCUUACUACUAUCCAUGAAAAAGUCCCAUUAACAUUUAAAUCACAGAUGUGUCAGUGAACAAUACAUAUAUGUCCAGUCUUACAAGUUAUAGUCAUAUUGGAAUAGGAGUGAAGGUGGUAUUUGUUUUCCAUAUAAAAUUAACAAGGAUUCGAGCAAAUUAGGACUCUCUUGCUGCUUACAGUCUGUGAAUACAUAUCUCUGGCCAGAAGCCUUAAGCACUGCCUUGGACUUUGACAUUCUACCCAGAAAUACACAUAAGAAACCAUGAAUAUGCAUCCUUACAAGCUGUUAAAACAUGUUAAACAUUCAUGAUAUAUUAAAUAUACAAUAUAUACAACAUGAUCCUGUGUAAAACAUGCAUUAAAAAUAAUGGAAAUAUACAAUG